AUGGAUGACGACUCCGCUGAAAUCGAGCUGCUGGAACAGAAUCUGAGUAAAACCCACCAGAUUUCUCAAAAAAUGACAACUAUUUUGAACAGCUUUGAUACGCGCCUUGCCAGGCUUGAAAAGUCCAUCUUGCCACUUUACAACUCUGCUCAAAUCUUGAAUCGAAGAGCAAGCAAUAUUGAGAAGGCCCUACUGAAGAUCGAUGAGGUGGCAAGUAAUCAGGAAGGAAUAGCUGCUGAAGAGGCACUGAUUUUGAGAGGGCCUCAGCCAGGACAAUUCGAAGUAUACAAGGAUGCCCUUCAGCGCCUCAACGCUUCGAUUGCUUUCAAAGCCUCUGAUCAAGAUAGUCUCGACACAGCCAGAUUGGUUGAGACUGGCGCCAAAAAGCUUGCUCAGCUUUACACCAAACUCGUCGCUGAAGGUUCUUCUGGCAAUACACCAGCUCCCGGCGUUGAAAUAGUCAAAGCUCCAUUCCCAUCGCAAUUACGCACUACACUUCAGCCCAUAGUCGCUUUUCUCCGCACGUUGCCCGUCCCGUCUACUCAUCCAUCACAUCCAGCUGCGGCUACGAUUCUUACCACGCUCAAGGAUGCUCAGCGCGGGUAUGCUGAUAUGCGAGGGGCGUGGGGUAAGAAGUGUCUUGAGGCGCAUGGGAAACGCGUCGUAGAUCGCGCGGACACUGUUGAACCCAUCGCCACAGGGAGGGAACUCGGAGCAUGGGUUCAAUCCGUGUUAUCUGUGGCCCGCGAAGAAUAUGAUCUGCUCAUCGAAAUGAGCACGCUAGUUAGUCCAUCACAACUGGCGUCUCAUUUCGGUAACCUGCUCAAUCCGCUUGUGCUUUUAAUGAGCACCACCAUCACAGCACUGGUUGCUUUUUCUAAGCGAUCUCUGCAAAAAUAUGGGUUCUUGAUACUCUCAGCUUAUGAGGCGCUGCUCGAGCUGCAGCCAAUGUGGGAAGAGAUUUCUGCACUCAAGGUUUCUCCCGAGAGUCGGAAUGACAAUCGAAAAGAAACGAACGAAUACAAAGACGUUCUUCACGUCGUGCGAAUGGUGUGCAUCAGGAUGUUUCCCGAAGCCCUUGCGGAUAUCAAGCUAUCAACAGCGGGAAGGACUGGGGACACGAGUACAGCGUUAUUAGAUGCUGCAGUGGAGGCUGUUCAGUUUCUCAACAACAUGCAAGAGGUUCUCGUUGGUUCUAGUGACAUUUUAUCCGUCGUGGGGGAUGGGAACUGGAAGAUGGGAGAGGGCGUCGUAGUCAAGAAGCAAGCAAUAGUCGAAGUUAGCGCGCAAACGUUAUUAGAGCAUUUUAUUUAUGAUAUCGUCGUCACCAUUAUCAACACGGUCAGCCUUAUUGCUCGUACACAAAGGCGCCCUCCAUUCGACUCGUUUUUCCUUCUCAAUAACAUUGCCUAUCUCCGCAAGAAUAUCCUCGAGCCACGACAAGAAUCACUGAUUGAUUAUCUCACUAAGCCUACGCAAGAUAUCCUGAACUCGAACUUUCGUACCGCGAAAGCGAGCUAUCUUGAUGCUAACUUUUCGCCGCUCAUGCAGUCACUCUCGGACGAUCCCAAGGAAAAAGGCAAAGCCGCAACGAAGGAAAAGUUUACGAGAUUCUAUGACCUACUUGAAGAAGUAUUGGAGAGGCACAGACUAGCAAAAGUGCUCGAGGAUGACGCAGAGAGUAGAGAGGCAAUAGGGAACGAUGUCAUCAAGUUUCUUAUUCCAUCUCUCAAAGCUUUCACCCAGAAACACAAAGAGAAGGAAUUUAGUAAAAAUAUCAAGCUGUCCGCGGAAACGGUUGAAAGCCAGCUGAGAAGUAUCUAUCGAUAA